UACAUCAAGCCGACAUCGCAUCAAAAGCUUCCCUAAUACAAGAGAGAAAUCCUAAAGGAACUUUAAAUUUGGCAUCGUCAUCUAAUUCAAAAGUACAUCAAAUCGAAGUCACAUCAAAAACUUCUUUAAUGCAAGAGAGAACCCCUAAAAAAUCAACAAAAUUGAUUAGUAUGUAUCGAUGCGAAGAAAUUGUUUGGAGUGAUAUAGAAUAUAUAUUGAGCUCAAGUCAAUAUGAGCCAUUGUCUGACCAAGUCGGAGGCGAUCAGAUAAAGUACUGGCCAGCAUUAGUUCAUCAACGAUUAAAAGAACCACAUGAUAAUGGAUUUGAAAUUUUAUAUUCCUUAAAGCCAUUAAUGUUGCCUGGAAUAAUGAAACUAUCAUACAAAUCCAUCCUACCGUGGCUAGCCUAUGAUGCUUCAAAUUCAAUACAAGCGAUUGAAAAGGCAAUAUAUAGUGAUAGUCAAAUUCAUUUGUUAAGGAAUACAAAACGUGGUGAACUAGCCAGUGCUUACCUUAAAGCUAUUAAACGGGCAAAAGAGGUUGCUUCAACAUUCACCACAUCACACCAAUAUAAGUAUACUAUACCAUCUUCAUUUUUUGCAAAAGUCGAGAGUGCGAGUGAAAGGAGAUUACUACAACAAAUGGAAACAUAUCCACAUUACAGAAAAAUUCUAUUAGGCACUGAAGUAUUGCGAGAAGAUGAUUAUGUUCGUUUGACACGUGCUUCAUAUAAUUCUA